GGUUGAACAUCGUGCUGGCCGGCAUGACGCCUCUCUAUUUCCACAUCGUCAACGUGUGUUUGCAUUGCGCCGUAACCUGCCUGCUCAUGCACACAUGUGAGCGCUACGCAUUGGAAGACUCGCGCCUGGCCUUCGUCACGGCACUCCUCUUUGCUGUGCACCCUGUCCACACCGAGGCUGUGUCUGGUAUCGUGGGCAGGGCUGACGUCUUGGCCUGUCUGCUGUUCUUACUGACGUUCCUCUCCUAUAUCAGGAGUGUGGGUGUGUGUGUCUCUGAAGACUGUCUGCCCUCCACGGUGUCAGUGGGGUGUCUGCUGGUCAGUUUGUUGCUGGGCACCUGCGCCAUGCUGGUCAAGGAGACGGGCAUCACCGUGUUCGGAGUGUGCGUGCUCUACGACGCCCUGGUGCUCUGCCGCAAGCCUCUCAUCUAG